GGAACAAAUGAGUGGCUAUCUGCUGGCAGAGUCACCUUUAACGAAAAGUCCAUCCACAAUCGACCGAUUACGAAUGCGCUUCUGGAAACAACUCGUUCGCUAUGCAGUCACUCGGUUUAUAGAACAAGCACUACUCGACUACGAUGUGAUG